CUCACACACUCUCACACACUCAUUCACCUCCCGAGCGGCAGAGUGGAGCGUAGCUGAGCGGAGCAGAAUGGGAAGUGUUUCAACACAGAGGGAAAUAGAAGCAAAGAGAGGCACAUAGGAUCAGUGUGGGGCUGCUAAACCCACACACUCCAACAUCACACACUUUUUUACUCAUACACACCCACGCGCCAAGAUCGCGUGAACCCCGACUGCCAGGCUGGACGGGACAGCGAGGACACCCACCUCCCACACUCGCACCCAUGCUCACACACCCACAGAGACACACACUCUGGAGCGUACUAUGGUGGUCCAGGGAGCAGUGACGCCCGGGAGAACCCGCCGGCUGAUGCUUAAGCUGCCGGUGGGGACUCUACGGAGGAACAGUGGAGAGAGGAUGACAGAGGGGAGGCGGUGUCAGGUCCAUCUCCUGGACGACAGGAAGCUUGAGCUCCUUGUACAGCCCAAGCUGAUGGCGAAGGACUUGCUGGACCUCGUGGCCUCUCACUUCAACCUCAAGGAGAAGGAGUACUUUGGAAUUGCGUACACAGACGAAACGGGCCAUUUUAGUUGGCUACAGUUGGAUCGCAGGGUAUUAGAACACGAAUUCCCCAAGAAGUCUGGUCCCAUCGUCCUCUACUUCUGUGUCAGGUUCUACAUAGAGAGUAUAUCCUACCUGAAGGACAAUGCCACUAUUGAGCUGUUUUUCCUUAAUGCCAAGUCCAUCAUAUACAAGGAGCUUAUUGAAGUGGACAGUGAUGUUGUCUUCGAAUUGGCUUCCUAUAUUCUACAAGAGGCUAAAGGUGAUUUCACCAGUAAUGAUGCAACCAGGUCUGACCUGAAAAAGCUGCCUGCUUUACCCACCCAGGCCCUAAAGGAUCACCCAUCUCUGGCCUACUGUGAAGACCGAGUCAUAGAGCAUUACAAGAAGCUCAAUGGGCAGUCCAGAGGGCAAGCUAUUGUAAAUUAUAUGAGCAUUGUGGAGUCUCUGCCCACAUAUGGAGUACAUUACUAUGCUGUAAAGGACAAGCAGGGGAUCCCGUGGUGGUUGGGUCUGAGCUACAAAGGCAUCUUUCAGUACGACCACCAGGACAAAGUCAAACCCAGGAAGGUGUUCCAAUGGCGUCAGCUGGAGAACCUCUACUUCAGAGAGAAGAAGUUUUCAGUGGAAGUUCAUGACCCCAGGAGUAGGGCGUCGGUGACAAGAAGGACGUUUGGUCACAGUGGCAUCGCUGUGCAUACGUGGUACGCCUGUCCUGCCCUCAUCAAGUCCAUCUGGGCCAUGGCCAUCAGCCAACACCAGUUCUACCUGGACCGCAAGCAGAGCAAGUCUAAGAUCCAUGCAGCACGGAGUUUGAGCGAGAUUGCUAUAGACCUUACAGAAACAGGAACUCUGAAGACCUCCAAACUGGCCAACAUGGGAAGCAAGGGCAAAAUUAUAAGUGGCAGCAGCGGCAGUCUCCUCUCGUCAGGCUCUCAGGAAUCAGACAGCUCCCAGACAGCUAAGAAGGACAUGCUGGCAGCACUGAGGGCGAGGCAGGACGCUCUGGAGGAAACGCUAAGACAGCGGCUAGAGGAACUCAAGAGCAUCUGCAUCAGAGAGGCGGAGCUCACAGGAAAGCUUCCUAAGGAAUAUCCUCUGGAUCCGGGAGAGGAGCCGCCCACAGUGAGACGGAAGAUCGGUACCGCCUUCAAACUGGACGAGCAGAAAAUUCUUCCAAAGGGAGAGGAAGAGGAGCUGGAGCGUUUGGAGCGUGAGUUUGCCAUUCAGUCCCAGAUUACUGAGGCAGCCAGGCGUCUCGCCAGCGAUCCUCAUGUGAGCAGUAAGAAACUGAAGAAACAGAGGAAGACUUCUUAUCUGAACGCACUGAAGAAGCUCCAGGAAAUUGAGAACUCUAUUAAUGAGUACCGGGUCCGCUCUGGCAAGAAGCCUACGCAGAGGGCGUCGCUUAUCAUAGAGGAGGCCAAUAUUGGUUCUGAAGACAGCUCACUGUCUGAUGCACUGGUCUUGGAUGAUGAUGAUCCUCAAGUCACAGGUACUCCCACCUUCUCCCCAGUAGCAUCGCCUCACAAGGGCCUCCCACCUCGACCCCCAUCUCACAGUCGGCCCCCUCCACCGCAGUCCCUGGAUGGACUGCGACACCUGCACUACUCCCGCUCUGACUACGAUAAAUCACCCAUCAAACCCAAGAUGUGGAGUGAAUCGUCACUGGAUGAGCCCUAUGAAAAAGUCAAGAAACGCUCCUCACAUUCCAGUCACAGGCGUUUCCCAAGCUCUGGCAGUGCAGAAGCAGGGGGUAGUAACUCUCUGCAGAGCAGCCCCAUCAGGAGCCUCCCUCACUGGAAUUCUCAGUCCAGUAUGCCGUCGACUCCGGACCUGAAGACCAGGACACCACACUACAUACAUUCCACUAGGUCAGUGGACAUCAGUCCCACACGUCUGCACAGUCUCGCUCAGCACUUUAGGAACCGCAGCUCAAGCCUUGAGUCCCAGGGCAAACUGUUAGCGCCUGACCCCGACGCACAUCCGCACACACUGGGCACACUGGGCAGCCCUGACUUCUUUCUGGCACCAGGACGCAGCUCCAAUGGCUCUGACCCACUGGACGACUGCUCAUCCUGCACCAGCCAAAGCAGCUCGGAGCAUUACUACCCCUCCGGUGGACCCCCCGGCAGCAACCCCAACUACUCCACUCUGGGAGAGGACUCGCCCUCCAAAGCCAGGCAGAGGCAGAGGCAAAGGCACAGGUCUGCAGGUCACCUGGGUUCCUCUAACUCCGGCUCCAUGCCAAACCUGGCAGCUAAGAACGGCUCUGGUGGCGGCUCAGGUGGAGGCGGGAUGGGAGGGGGACACCAUGGAGUCUACCUCCACAGUCAGAGCCAGCCCUCCUCCCAGUACCGCAUCAAGGAGUACCCGCUGUACGUGGAGGGCAGCCCCAACCCCGUGGUGGUGCGCAGCCUGGAGAGCGACCAGGAGGGUCACUACAGCGUCAAGGCCCAGUUCAAGACCUCCAGCUCCUACACGGCCGGGGGACUGUACAAAGAAGCAUGGGGGGGAGAGGAGGGAGGAGAGGGGAGCGGCCGACUCACGCCGUCGCGCUCUCAGAUCGUACGGACUCCGUCAUUGGGGCGAGAGGGUGGUGGAAGUGGAAGUGGGGGGAGGGCGGCAGUGUCUGAAGAGCUGCGGUGCUGGUACCAGAGGUCCUCAGGGAGCCUGAAGGAGAGGAGUCACUCACAUUCAGGGUCUACUUCCUCCGAGACAGGGUCACAGCAAGGAACUCUGGGACAUGGUCGAGGGAGUAGAGUAGGGACACUCGCCAAGGGCUCACCAGUUGCGUCCCCUCACAGCCAGAGGAGUAUGACACCCUCCAGCGAACACGCAGCGACGCCCACACCGCCCUGUAGCCCACAGCACAUCCUCAACUGGCAGAGCGGGUCUUUCAGUGACAGCUGCUUUCUCAGCAGCCCGCUGUGUUCAGAGCUGGCAGAUGUGCAGUGGUACGGACACGAUAAGGCCAAACCUGGAACCCUGGUCUGAGACCUUCCUGAAGGGCCCAGAAAAGUCCCAUUGCCCUCUCCUACUGCCUCUCCACUGUCCCUCACUACUAUCCAUCGACAACCAACAACCUCAUCCUUGUGGCCCUACAAAACCCUACCCUGACCGGACUGGCGGAUUGGACAUGAGCCUCCCUCCUUCCUAGAUCCUGCCCUCCAUCCAUCUCACUACGUCUUUAUUACUCCCCUCUAUCACAGCUCAGCUGGACAGGGACAUACUCGCUGGGCUCUGAUGAGGGCUGAUUUCACAGGACAGACUGAGAAGUGCCACCUCAGCUGUUAAACUGUUACCCUUCAGCACCACAGAGCCCGUUCUUUACUCACCCUGAGCACACGAGCAACGGGGCAAAGGGGGGCAAAAAAGGAGCAAUGGGAAGAGAGAGCACAGAAAAAUAUCAAACGUACAACUCAGACCUAACAGAACCAACACUUGCCACACCAGGAUCUGUUUCAUAUCUCAUCUUUGGUCCCCCAACCGUACUAACUCCAGUGCACUGCCACCCAAUCAGAGGAUACCUGCUGGAUUUGAGCCACCAGUUUAAAACCCAUUUCCAGGCCCGAAUGAACUGUGUUGGAUUUCAUUAUUCCCAUUUAUGUUGUAAGUUUUUUUUUGUUUGUUUAUUUGUCCCCUGCAUAUUUAUAAGAGAAGAUGACACAAACUUCUGGAUUAACAAACAUUUAGAUGACAAAUUCUCAGUUUAACCCACAACCAAAGACAACUUACUGGAUUGACUGGUCACACCAGGGUCCCCGGGCUGGUGCCCCCUGCAGAAAAGUGACUGUCAGUCAACUGUACGAGCGUGAAUUCACAGUGACAAUAUCAAUAUGGUUUAUGGGACUCUAUGAUGAGGACUAUAGCAAUAACAAAACACACUGUACAAGCAGAUGAACUGGUUUGAACCUACGGAGUGAACUGAAGCAGGCAUUUUGCCGUGUUCUCUGCCUUGUGAUGCUUGGAGUAAAAGAUCAUUAGUGCAUCAUAGGGAGACUUUGGAAUUGUGGUUAUUGGGUUUGGCAUCAAUCUAUGCUUAUUUCGGUGAUCUCAUCAUUCAUGCUUAUUUAAUGUCCUUGGCCUUUUUAAGAUUUCUCUGUCCACAUGUUUGGCCACAUUGUGAUCAGUACUAAGCCAGAGCGUGGGGGUGGGUGAAGGGUGAUCUGAGGGUGUUAACACGGCCACAUCAAAUCACGAUGACUGCGACGUUUUGAUUAUUGAUACGAAAACAAGACAUUCUGAUUCAAUCAGGUCCACCUUUUUUCAUUUUCACUCCUGAAAGUAAAAGGUUUUCGGGCUGUUAACAUCUGUUGGUUGUGUUUUAUAUUGAGGCUGUUCAGUGAUGAAUCUCAGUAGUGAAUCAUCGUUUUUAUCCCAAAAAGUGUUCUCUUGUCUGUUGGUCUUGGCUCUACACAGGUUCUCACAACGCUGAGUAUCUGUCAGUCCCCCUUUCAAAGCACUGUGCUUUUCCAUCUUUCUGUCCAUCUCGUCUCAGCAUCCUGACUGAACACACACAGUCUGAACUCGGCGCUGGCUAGAACACACACACACACACACACACACACACACACACACACACACACACACACACACACACACACAGUCACAACACCUCAUUUUAGGGGCAGGCAUGAGUUUAUUAUUGCCAAACAUGUUGGUGCUUUACUGUGUAUUUGUACUGUAAUUCAGAACUGGAACAGCCAGUCCUUUAAAGGGGCACUACGUCAAUUUUCCAAAUGAAUACAUGUUAUUCAUAUGGUCUGAGACUUUCAAAAAAUAUUAGUAAACAUGAACAACUCUCUCCCAAAUCCAAAAACUAGAGUGCUAAAGCUCCAGUCUAAAGCCAGGAGCUGCUCCACUGACAUUGAAUGAAUGAAUCUUUAUUUCAAACAUGUAAAAAACAAAACACACAAAUAAAAGCAAACAAGCCUUACAGCAAGUGCAAUGAACAAAAACAAAAAGACAACAAAAACACGACCAAAAACAAAUACUCAAAUACGCCACUUAAACUUCAAUAAAGACGUUACAGACGACACUGACAGUACACAGUGGAGUAUUUUGAGUACAUGGGUACAUUUUCUGUUUCAAACUUGGAAAAAAAACUACAAAAGAAUAAAUCUGAUUUGUGUAUAAAAAAGGACACAAACUCUUUGAUGCCCAUUCGUCAUCCAUGCAGCGACUCCAGACUUUUACUUGAUGACGUCACAAGAGAUCAUGUUCACAAAUAUUGGUUGAACUUUUCCAGGCCAUUGAAAUAACAUUUUGGAAAAUUUUAAUUUAGGUAGUGUUCCCCUUAAAGAUAUAGUCAGUCCCUAUAGUCUAAAGCCAUUGUGUAAAACAGCAGCAGAAACUCUUUAUUCAAAUAUACUUUGAAAAGCACAACAUUCACAUUGUCUAUGAGGGCUGGACCUACAACCGUGUCUCAUUUUCCACUCCCAGUAUCUUAAUAACGACUUGUAUCAAAGUGCAUAAGGAGAAACUAAAAAAGGUGUUACACGAACAUCGAUGAAUUUCAGGUCAUCAAUAAUCAAUACCCCGCUGUCAGGGCAGAAGAGAAGCCAUAGCCCAAACUGAAACAAGCAAAUCUUUAACCCUUUUAAAAUAGAAAGAAUUAUUUUCUCACACGUCCACAAUCAGAUAUUCAGAACAGGGUUAGAAAAGCACAUCUGGUUUUGUAAGAAGGAGGAAAAACUGCAUGUUUUAGCUGUAUCGAAAUCAAUUUCCCUCAUCUUCCCCUUACCAGAGUUUAUGUUUAGAAUUAUUUAAUUGUUGCACAAAAUCUGAAUUAAUCAUGUGAAUUUUACUAAGAUUAUGACACCUCAGUGAUAAAGAAGUGGCUUUUUUCAGUCUUAUAGCACCAUGAUGUCUGGAUAAAAGGACUAACAUGUUGUACGGUAUGGGAGGAAUGGUGCGCAUCUUUCCCUUCGUGAUGUGUUUCCUUUACGCACUGACACCUGAUGUUGUAAUCUGCCACUUUCUAGACUAUUUAAAUAAGGUUUUAGGCCACUCCCUGCAUGGUUGGUUCUCCGAGAGUUAUCCACUGGUGCCUGGUCACAUUUCAACAGUUUUCACCCAGGACCAGAGCCAGCACUCCCUGGUUAUCAUCUCAUAGGAAUUCAUACUCCGGUAUAUUUAAGUCACCUGUUAGAGUACAAGUUUGACCCUGCUUUGCUCACUCAAACUCUUUGCCCACUCGUGUGCUGAAGGCACGAUCCCAUGCAUGCCCUGCAGAUCCACCGACAAAUAAAACCCCCCAAAGACAUCGAGCAUCCGACUUCUAUAUGCUAACAUUCGCACGUCUCGCUCCGUAGUGUUUCCUCACGCCCCGGAAAGUCCCAUCUUGACCUUGUGGUAAUCUCUGAGCCCGAUGUGAAGAAGUGUGACGUCCCCCUCCCUCUGUAGCUCCAAACACACCACAUUUUCUGUGCUCCAUAGAAAUGUAUGAGGUUUUUGUAAUACUCCAAGAGAAAUGAACUAACUCUUUUAUCAGUCUUUUUCCUGUACGUACGGAGGGGCACUGUAAGGUUUUGUGGGGUUUUUAACAUUCACAUUCAUUGUUUUAACAAUGUUCCAUUUUAUAUGAACCAGUAUUGUUUCGUUUUUUUUUUAGUUCUGACAUUGUAACAACCCUUUCAGGUGCUACAAAAUGACCAGUUACUGCUUCGUCACGUAGGAUCUAGACAUCUUCAUUGUUAUCAAUAGAUUCAAUUACCAGAUGUGCAAAAUGAAGCUUAUUUUAACAGACAGUUUAAUAGUAGAACACUUUCCCUACCAGACAAUAGAGCAUGUAACUUGAUUUUAUCAGUUCUGUUCAACUGUAACAAUACAUUAAAGGUGUUGUAGAAAAAAAAUGUGGAAUUGAUUAAAAAAAACCCAACUGAAUUCCACAGUUAAUUUAUUCUUUUUUCUAUUAAAAAUUUGUAUAGUAACUUUACAUUUUUCAAAACUGUGUUGUUGGAAAUUGAUGAAUUUUCAAGAUGAGAAGCAGUGGUGGUUCUUGAGAGUAAGAAAAAUAAAUUAUUGAUGAAUGUUCUCAA